AUGUCCGGCUCACGACACCCGCAGUUUAAUCAGACUGUCUUGAUUGACAAGACUCCCCUUCCUACUUCAAUCCCACCAGUUCAGGAAGUUGGUGCAACAUCGGCCCCAUUGCUGAGUAGUUCCUACUUUAUCGGCGCCAGGUGUAAGGACUACAACGAGGACUACAUCCUUUGCAAGCAUGAGGCCGGUGGAAGGGGAGAGGUAGAGUGCUUGAAGGAGGGCAGGAAGGUCACUCGGUGUGCAUCAUCGGUUCUCGCGGACAUCAAUAAGUACUGCCUCAAGGAGUUCCGAGCUCACUGGGAGUGUCUUGAGAACAACAACCACAGGUUAUUCCACUGCAGGGCACAGGAGAAGCCCUACAACAAAUGUGUGUUCGACAACUUGAAACUUGAGAAAGUUAUUCCUGGUGUUCCCAAAGGCGAGACUCCGAACACACGAAAUGAAACCCUAAAGCAGUAUCUCAGCGGAUCACACCUAGCACGACUCGUUCGAAGGUGCAGUGAUAGCGUCAUAGUAACCCGCGCAUGCAUUGGAAGAUUCCGACUGGCCGUGUUCCGAGACAGGGUAACUGCGCACGACAGCCACACCACACCCCGCGGCGCCACUUGUGACUGCUUCCAUUUGUGGGGAGCACACUCCCAACAGCUCCAACAUGUCGACUUCACUCCAGGCUGUUGUUUGCAAGGUAGCGAUAAUUCACCCACCGACCAACCAACGAGAAAUACAGCAAAGAUGCAAAUCUUCGUCAAGACUUUGACGGGUAAGACCAUCACCCUUGAGGUCGAGUCCUCAGACACCAUCGACAAUGUCAAGUCCAAGAUCCAGGACAAGGAGGGAAUCCCCCCAGACCAACAACGUUUGAUCUUCGCCGGAAAGCAGCUUGAAGAUGGAAGGACUCUUUCGGACUACAAUAUCCAGAAGGAGUCUACCCUCCACUUGGUCCUCCGUCUCCGUGGAGGUAUCAUUGAGCCUUCCUUGAAGGCCCUUGCCUCCAAGUACAACUGUGAGAAGAUGAUUUGCCGCAAGUGCUACGCUCGUCUGCCUCCCAGGGCUACCAACUGCCGUAAGAAGAAAUGUGGUCACACCAACCAGCUUCGCCCCAAGAAGAAGCUGAAAUAG